CGGGGGUGCGGGGCGGUCGGGGGCAACGCACCCAACACGCUCGCCACCUGCCGCCAGUGCCCCGCGCGCCGCGCAAGUCAUCGAACGUGCUCACCACACAAAAAGCGCGCGAAACCAAAAUGGCCGACAACGUCGUGUUCCCUCGCAAAUUACUAACAAGAUUCAUCACUUUGUACAAAGACCAGCCUUGCUUAUGGGACAAAACUUGUCAAGCGUACAAAUUAAAGCGAAAAAGGAAUGAAGCGAUCACAAAAUUAACAGAACUUGUUCAAGAAUUCGACCCGGCGGCCACUAAAGUGCACAUUUUGCGGAAGAUUGAGAGUUUGCGGGCAUGCGUGCGGCGGGAAUUUAAAAAAGUUCAAAACAGUCGAGCAAAGGCCACGAGCCCGGACCAGAUUUAUGUGCCGCACUUGUGGUAUUAUGACAUGUUUACAUUCGUGUUCGGAGAGAACGGGAACAACGUUAAAACGAAGCCGGGUUCGCCGGCGGCAUCAACUGGACAAAUGAGGAAUCAGAUGAAGACCAGCCAGAAGAAGAGAGCUACGAGCAGACAGGCAACUAUGCGGCGGAGUACAAUGUAGAAACUAGCAUGAUAGAUGACUCCAGACAGUAUUAUGAGGACACGAAGAAGAGGACUGAAGUCGACGACGAGUAUGAUGCGAUAGGUAUAAACGUAGCAGCAAAAUUAAGGACCCUGCCACAAAACAUGCGGAUACUAGCCGAGAAGCUGAUCAACGAUGUCCUCUUCCAAGCACAAAUGCACGGACUCAGUUCAUCUACCGUCAUAAGUACUCCUGAUCCUUUCAAAUAACUCCUUAAUAGGUGUUAAAACAAUGCUACACUGCAUUGUUUCAUAGGUUUAGCGAUUAAAUUGUAAAAAUUGACUAUAGAGAAAUCAAGGAAUAAAUAAUUACUUUGUAUUCGUUCUAUAAUUGUUACGCCCUAACGUAUCGGCCCUACAUUGUAACUAUGAAUCGGAUACAAUGUUUUGUAGCGGAAAGUAAUACAUUCUUUAUCACAUAAUACUAAUAUUUAAAGUUAAUUAAGUUGCGCUGGCGUUUGUUGCAAAAAUAGGUUAAAUUUGCCUGGACUUUAAUGAAAUGAAAAU